UCAGAGAGUCGAACGGUGGGACAGUGAGCUCUUAGCUCAGCGACAGAAAUGGUAAAGAACCCAAAAAUGGAGUGCUUAUUUAACAAUCUAAACCGGAAUCGAAAACGUUGAUUCUCAUUAUCCGUUACUUCUCUGCUAUAAUUUUCUUUUGGGUCCAAAGCAGGCUAUGCCAGCAUGAUAGUUUUCUCUCCUAUCAGCACAUGCGCAAGAAAUGUUGUCUACCUGAGAGGGCGUGUUCAACAUAUGGGCAGCAAUAUUUUGAAUUUGGUUUCCAGAGGACAAUCAACUUCAUGUUGUUCCUGUUUGAACCUUGCAAAUUCCAGGGAAAAUUAUGCUCGUUUGUCUGUUUCAAAGAGAUCCUCUAUACCAUCUGUUACUACCUUCCACACUUCGAAUAAAAGUUGUUUUUGUUCUAGUUCGUCCAAGGAGAGUGGCAGUUUGCAGUCCUUUACUGUGAAAAGUUUAUUUAAUGCUAGAAGCUCUUUGAAGAAAAACUUCAAUAUUUCUCUGGCAUAUCAAAAUCUGAUUAUUAGGCUUUCACUGUCAAAACGAGGAACGCUCUCAAAAAUUAAGGGUAAUGUGGGAUCUAUAUCUUGGUCGCAAGAAUUUACAACUGGCUUAAUUUUUGGCCUCUUGGUUUGUUAUUCAAGUUCUGAGCCAACAUAUGCUGAAGCAGCUGCUGAGAAAAAGGAUGGGGAUGAUUCUGACUUACCAUAUGUUAAAUUCUCCCAUGGGAAGAAGGUCUACACUGACUAUUCCAUUACUGUCUCCUUCAAUGCAGGAAUACCAGGAGAUGGGAGGUGUUUGUUCCGCUCUGUGGCUCAUGGGGCUUGUUUGCGGGCUGGGAAGCCAGCUCCAAGUGAAAGUGUUCAGAGAGAAUUAGCAGAUGACUUGCGGAUUAGAGUUGCUGAUGAGUUUAUCAACAGGAGGCAAGAGACUGAAUGGUUUGUAGAAGGUGAUUUUGACACCUAUGUGGCAAAUAUGAGAAAGCCCCAUGUAUGGGGGGGUGAGCCUGAGUUGUUCAUGGCUUCACAUGUUCUAAAGAUGCCAAUCACUGUGUACAUGUAUGACCAAACUGCUGGUGGCCUUAUAUCUAUUGCUGAGUACGGUCAAGAAUAUGGCAAGGAAAAUCCAAUUAGAGUUCUUUAUCAUGGUUUUGGUCAUUAUGAUGCAUUACAAAUUCCUGGAAAAGGUGCCAAAUCAAGACUCUAGUUACCUUUUUUUGCUUGAAAGGAGUCUUAAUAUUUGUACCAGUAAAUUAACUAUGAAAACUAUCAUAUAACUGCUUGCAAGAUUCAGCUGGAUUUGCAAACUUAGAAUCUACUAGAGUGACAUAAAGGGUUCAAAGGGAAGAAAGGACAGUAACUCAACUUCUGUUUAUAACAUCAUCUGAAAAAUGAGUUUAAAGAAAAUUCUAUAAU